AUGGUGCGUCAGCUGCACGACGACAGGAUGGCGCGAGUCACGGACAACGGAGCUGUCUCAGAGGCAUUCGCAGUGGCCAGCGGAGUGAAGCAGGGACGCGUGCUGGCGCCCACCCACUUCAGUCUCAUGUCCUCUGCCAUGCUGAUGGACGCCUAUCGUGAUGAACGCCCCGGGAUACGCAUCGCCUAUAGGACGGACGGUCACCUUCUGAAUCAACGGCGGAUGCACUUCCCAUCGCGCGAACCCUCACCCAUUAGCCCCUACUUUCCUUCUAGCCUCCCUCCUCCUCCUCCUCCCCUUCCUCCAUUAUUUAACUACCAACAAGUCUAUCCAUGUUCUGACUCCCCUAGCAUUCCAAUGUUUGAAAACUAUAUCCCACCUCCUUUAGGUCUCAUACUCAGCCUUCUCUUGCUGACUCCCCAUACGUCAAUAACUCUAAAUUAA